UGCUUGUGGUUCGCAGAUAACGUAAUAUUUGCUAAGGGAAAAAGUAGAGUUUUUCUGAGCUUGUUGUUUUGAACGGCUUUGAGUUUUUUUCUAAAUCGAAUCGCAUUUAAAGGGAACUUGGUUCUAUUUGAAAUAUAUUGAAAUAUGGCUUCGUUUGGUUUGGAGAAAAAGACAAAAAUCCCUCCACCAGAGCAAUUGCUGAAGCCAUUAUGGCCGCAUCCAAAGUUUCUCUUUGGGCCAGGACCGUCGAAUCCUAACGCUCGAAUCUACAACGCGUCGUCCUUGCCGAUGUUGGGGCACUUCCAGACGGAGUUUCAUCACAUCCUAGAUGAAAUUCAGGCUGGUCUUCGUUAUGCCUUCCAAACAACCAACACAUACACGAUCGUGUUUACUGGAGCAGGGCAUACCGGCAUGGAAGGAGCUAUGAUGAAUAUUGUGGAAAGAGAACAGAAAAUUCUGAUCUGUUUGAAUGGGAUGUGGGGAAUGAGAGCUAAAAACAUCGCCGAAAGACAAGGUCUAGAUGUAAGAGUAAUAGAGAAGCCUGCUGGUGAGGCCUUCACUUUGGAAGACAUCAAGAAAGGUCUAGAGGAACAUAAACCAGUUGCUAUGUUCAUUACACACAGCGAGUCAUCAACUGGUGUGUGUCAACCUUUGGAGGGUGUUGGUGCACUUUGCCACAAGUAUGACUGUCUUGUAAUUGCUGAUACUGUAGCCUCUCUUGGUGGAACACCUUUCUUCACUGAUGACUUAGAGUUAGAUGUUGUAUAUACAGGAUCACAGAAAGUCUUUGCCUGUCCACCAGGCAUUUGUCCCAUUACAUUCAGUCCAAAAGCAAUUGAAAGAGUCAAGAAUAGGAAAACACCAGUGCCCUCAUUCUAUCUUGACAUACUCGAACUUGGAAACUAUUGGGGAUGUGAUGGUCAACCACGCAGAUAUCAUCACACUGCUCCUAUCAACCUUCUCUACACUUUAAGAGAAAGCCUUGCAAUGCUUGUUGAGGAAGGUCUAGAAAAUUGCUGGAAGAGACAUCAUGACAACAUUGAAAUUUUCUGGGCAGGAAUUGAAAAGAUGGGACUAGAAAUGUUUGUCAAAGACAAAAAUCUGAGGCUUCCGACUGUGACAACCAUCAAGAUUCCAGAAGGAUACCCAGACUGGAAGGCCGUAGGGAGUUAUCUAAUGGAAAAGUAUCACUUUGAAAUUGUUGGUGGUAUGGGUCCUACAGUUGGAUUGGUGUGGCGCAUUGGCCUCAUGGGGUUGAAUAGCCGAAAGGAAAACAUCCCGUCCGUGCUGCGUCUUUUUGAAGAAGCUUUCAAUCAUGUCAAGGCAGAAAAGUGAAUCUACUCGCUUCAGCCUCAAGUCUCCGCUCUUUAUAGCGUGUGUUUGACUUAUAGACAUUAAUUAAGCUUAUUUUUAGUUGGAAUGGGUUCUUAGGACCAAAGUUUUAAAUAUUAGGGAAAAUUAUUUUUUAUGAAUAAGAAAAUGAUGAGGGACAUCUUACUAAGCAGGAAAUGAGUAAUUUAAUAUUAGAAUUUCAUUUAUGAUUAAUGGAUUACAAUAGAUUGAUUGAUUCAGAGGAAUUUUGGUGUGACAUAUUUAGCUCCAAGUUAUAAAAUAGAAAUAAAUUCUGUAGUAAAAUAGUUAAAUAAAUUCUAGAUAAAUUUCAGGGGAAAAAAAUUAUAUCACAAUAGUUUUAAAAGGUUCCAUAACUUAUUUUGGUGUAUAUAUAUUAUAUCUUAUUAGUUGUAGGUACAAAGUUUUUAGGUUGAAAACUGUAAGGUGUAUAUUUUUAAGUAGUUUACAUUUCAAAAACUUCUCAACGAUCAAUCACGUGAUAAUUUAAGAUGCAACUCACUUCUGGGUUGGCUGGAUUCCAGAGUAUACCGAGUGACCUCAGAUAUAUGAGAGAUUCCUCGCGUAAAACGAAAAAAUUAAAAAGUGUAUAAAUUUUAUUACAUUUUCUGUUAUUCUAAGUUUGCUAAGGUUAUGGUUUCAAAAAUUGUUUCUUUGUUAUUUAAAGUGGAAUAAAAAUAAAUUAUUACAAUCAUU